AUGACUCAUAUUACUAGUGCUGUGCAACAACAUGCCAUCAGUAUUACACAAUCGGGCAGUCCAGAAGAAAAACUUGAAUUAGCUUUUCAAUUAUAUGAUAUUGAUAGAAAUGGAACAAUUGAAGAAUAUGAAAUGACACAAAUUAUUAAAGCUAUCCAUUUAAUGGUUGGUGAUAUUGACGAAGAGAAUAGUAAAACACCAGCAGAACGUACAAAAACAAUUUUCACAAAAAUGGAUCUUAAUUCAGAUAGUGUAUUGACAAAAGAAGAAUUUAUUCAUGGAUGUUUAAGUGAUGAACAUUUGUAUCGAUUACUUGCUCAGAAUGAAGGUCAAAAACAGUAA